AUGGCUGAGGAAGGCCAUGUGAGAACCGCAGUGGAGCAAGAUGCCGAGAAUGAGGUGUUGCCGCACUUUGGUGUGUUCUGCGCCUGGCAUUCAGAUAAAUGGUAUGUGAUUGCCCUGUACAAUCUGUCAUUGUAUUUUGUGAUAAGCCUUAAGCUACACAACUUGUCAACAUGGAACAGUUCCUUUAUCAGAGGAGCAUUUGAGUUCCUGCUGAGGAAAGAUGUUGAUUUACAGCUAAGUGUUCUGAAGCUCCUUGUCAGCAAAGUGAACGGGAAAGAGCUGGAAGAAGCAUUGGAAGAAUUUAACGACAAGGUUGUUAACUCCUCACUGAUCCCAUCAAAAUGGAAAGGCUUUGCACUGGAGGCAUUAUGGGAUGGGAAGCUGAGAAACGAAGAGCUUUAUAACGAGACAGAGUUUGUGGGGCCAUGGUUCCAGAAGAGGCUAAGGCCCUUUUUAGCUGCAGUCUCUAUCGACAUACUCCAGUGCCUUCAGAACGAGACCUUGGGAUGCGCGCAGUAUCAGGCAAUAGUUAAAGGCCUGGAUCUGGAAUUUAAAAAGAUGAGCCACAGUACCCAAGAGGAAGUCUACGGUGCAUUCCAGCUUCCUUACCUGAAAGGGUUAAACAUUGCAGGAUCCGCAUGUGCUGAUGGCCUUAACACCAGCACUGCUUGGCUAAGGGUCAACUUUAGAAACUUCAGCAGACAUGCUGCAUAUCACGACUUGCUCUCUCUGAACUCCAGAUUUAAUGGCCUUGAUGUGCUCAGUAGUUUGACAGUGAAGCAGCGUGCGCAGUUAUCAGCGACCCAGGGGACCUUGCUGACCCCCGAAGAUGUUCAGAAACUGAUGAGUUUUGUGACCACCUCCACAGUAACCGAGUACAUCGAUGAAUUGAACAGACAGGCCAGCGUGAGUCUGAAGGGGGCCGUCAGAGCCACGCUGCUACAGCACGUCCUAGCUGCAGCCCGGCCAAUAUUUCAGAAGGCAGAUGACGCUGAAUUCGUGCACUGGAUGGAUCCUCGCCUUGCAGGCUUGAUUUCAGGACUGAACAGCACCCAUGUCCCACUCGUUUUCGACCAUCUGGAAUCUCGAAACUGCUCUGCCAUCAACGCUGUAGUAACUGUGCUUAAUAACUCCAUCACCGACUUCAGCAACACCACGCGACAGAGCAUUUACCACAGGAUACUGAACAUGACCGCCGGUUCCUCCCUACGGUGCUAUGCCACAAACACUAGCUUCUCCAUAUAUCUCAGAGAGACGUUUCAGGACUUUGCUGCUUUUCUGAAUCUGAGAGAUCUCGCCUCCGUCAUUCCAGCAUCUGAAAUCCAAAAGAUUGUGAAUACAAUGGCCCCAGCUGCACUGGCUGAUUUGUUAUCCAGCUCUGACUUUCUCAACGACAACAACUUCCUGACCGUUCUUCUGAAGAACUAUAAAAGGAGAGGGGCCUUCAUUGACCUGUUUAACAAGAGGAGCAUUGUGGACACCCUCCCGAAUGACACCGGGAUGGCCAUUCUGGCCGGCGUGUGGCCUGCUGUGUUGAGGAGUGACAACGAGACAGUGGUGGACAUGUGGCUCGGCGCACGUCUGUCGCGAUAUUUCAGUUUUACCCAAGGCAACAUACUGAACUUCAGCAGUACCCAGAACGCCAGCUGCACAGCGUUCCGCAAGACUGUGGGCAAACUGAGCAAUAACAUUACAGCUUUCAAGGUCAGCCAGCAAGAGAUCUAUAACUUCACCAAAGCCUAUCUCACUGCAACGAGUGCUAGGCCUAGAUGUUACGAUGCCGGUGACCCCCGCACAGCAAACUGGUUUGCUGCUUACCUUGGGCGUUCCAUCCGCUACAGCAGUGCGGACGAUGUAAGAUCAUUCAUCAACAACAAUGCAACAGUUCUCCAGGAUCUAGCCAUAAACCCAGACAAUCUGAGACUCCUCAACCACACAAGAAUCCAUAAGGAUGUAGCAGAGCUGUAUGCCACAGCGCUGUUUGCCAAGAAUUCAAACUUCAGUCUUGUCAACCUUCCAGACCAGCUCCUCUGCUUUGCCAGACGUUCUACUGCAAUACACCUGCUCAGCCCCAGUGCUUCGCUGAGCAUCAUUGCCAGGAUAAACCUCCAUUGUGGCCCUUCAAACACAUCGGAACUCAAAGACCCCUUUACCACUGACCACCAGCUUGCAACUAUGCUCGUUGCACAGAUCACUCCUUUUGAUGCAAGGACCCUGGCUGCUUUGGGGCAGCAAGCAGUGGGGCUGACCUCUGGGCAGAUCUUAGAACUGAGGGCACAGGAUAUAGCAGAUCCACUGGCCUUGCAGUCGCUUGGACAAGUCAACGGCUGGGAUAGGGGACAAUCUCAAGGGCUGAUGAAUAAAUUAAUCAGCAGUAAUUUCACGUUUGAUACGGCAGAGGCAUUUUGGAGACUCGGAACAUUGGUGCCAGGCCUCCCCAGUUACAUCUUCGGUAACAUCACAGCAGACACUGCGAUGAAGAUGGCUAAGAAUGCCAAUUUCCAUAGAGCCAUCAAGAAGGCUCCUAGCUAUUUAAAGAGAGCUUUUGUGGACAAGAUCAUCUCCAAUUCCUCAUCGCUGAAUGACAUUUUAAAUAACGUGCCAGAUGAUUUAGUGGACCAGGUUCCAGUCCCAUUGCUGGUGCUUCGAGACAAGCUCCUAGAUCUUCGCAAAAUCAACGAGAAACAAUGGUCACCAGAGCAGGCAGCUGUGUUUCUUGUGGAUGUAUUGAAUGCUACCGAUAAUUACGCUGACCUUUCAGCAGCCGUGCUGCGAGGUUUCCAGUGCGGCCCAGCCAGCAGACUGUCGCCUGACAAGAUCUCGUCGCUGGUGGAACAAGUGAGAAACAAAAAUGCCGCACUGAGCGCUCACCAGUUAUCCUGCAUCGCCAAAAUACUAGCUGCAAAGAACCUGACAGCAAACUUCACCAGCUACCCACCAGAUGUGCUACUCUUCUUUGAUUUCACCCAAGUGCAGAAUCACACCUGCAAAGAGUUUUACAGUCUGGCUUCCCAAGGGAAUCCAAACCUGCUGCCAAAUGGAUCGGCCCAAAGGAAACAACUCCAGAAUAAUGCAUUGGUGUGCCUGGGCGGGGUGAAUAACACUCUCAGCAAGGAGCAGCUUAGCAGCCUCGGUGCGUUGGUGUGUGACAUGGAUCCAGCAGCCAUCACAGACUCCGACCCUCAGAUCCUGGAAAAUCUGAAGCUCUGUCCAGAUCUAGCAGGGCCCCAGAAAGCUGCUCUCAACACUCUCCUCAGCCGUGGGGAAAGCCAGGACGGGGCUCCUUUAUCAUGGGAUUUAGGGAGUUUGCAGAGUCUUGGAUCGCUCACUUUGUAUCUGAACCGGACAAUUUGGAGGUCAGUCAAGGAGGGUGUGAGGAAGGCCUUCUUCAGAAGUGUUGUAGCUGGGUACCAAACCCAAAGUGCAUCUCAGAAGGAGAAAACCAUGCUCCUCUUAAAAUCCAUUGGAUCCGCAUCACCUUCAUCUUCCAGAUCUAAGCGUGCCACGGAACAAUGCAAAUCUGAACCUAUCACCGCCAGCACCAUCCAAGACCCCCUCUUCAUUGUGUAUUAUGACACGAAGGGGCAGUUUGAUGCAUGCUUGAGUAACGAGGUUUUGAAAGCCAACCUGGUUCCAUUGCUGGAGCACCCUCUCACAGAGGAGUACCUUGAUGUCAUGAAAAGCAAACUCAGUGAGAUUUUCCCUGCUGGGAUCCCAGAGGACCAGUUAAAGCUGUUUGGCCAGUUAUCACGCCGCUACGACGGGAAUGAGAUCAGCACUUGGCAAGUGACUUCCGGUGACACGCUAUCAGCCUUACUGGAUCCGUCUGGCGGAAGCUGGAAGGCAUCUGGGGCCAAACAACUGAUCACUAGAUACACGGACCUGGGGGGCACCUUAACUGGACCCUUACUUCAGAAAAUUGGUGGUAGAGAUCUGUGUGGUCUGGACGAUGAUCAGAUUAAUAAAAUAAGCUCAGAAGCAAUUGGGACUGCUGGGAAAUUAGACAUUUCUUCUUGUUCACAAAGCAAGAAAGACCGGCUGUAUGCAAAAGCCCGUGAUGCAUUUGCUAGCCAGACUGGAACCAGUGCUUACUACCCUUUAAUUCAGCCAUAUUUAGGUGGAGCUCCCGUAAAGGACCUGGAACACUUAGCAGGAUCUAAUAUUGCCAUGGAUAUUGACACAUUUACUUCCUUAAAACCCAGCGAACUGCAGAACCUCAGUGUCCAGAAUGUGAAAAAUUUGCUUGGUGUAAACCUCCCUGAUCUAAACCGAGCUGAAAAUCAUCCCUCCGUGACCAACUGGAUCCAGAGGCACUAUCAGUCGGAACUGGACAAUAUCCUGGGCAUUGGUCUGCACGGAGGAAUGUCAGAGCCAGUCUCAAUGGCAACGGCCAGCAAUGGGACUUCCGCUACCCCUGAUACCAGCAUCACCCCACCUGCUACCUCCUACAAUGUCACCACCCCCCACAACACCACCUCCCUACCUGCCACCACCUACAAUGUCACCAUCCCCCAUGACACCACCUCCCUACCUGCCACCACCUACAAUGUCACCAUCCCCCAUGACACCACCUCCCUACCUGCUCUCGUCACCCCACUUGCUACCAUCCACAAUACCACUACUAGCCACAACACCACUUCCCCACCUGCUACUACCUACAAUGAUACCAUCCCCCACAACUCCACUUCCCUACCUGUUAUGAUCACCCCAUUUGCUGCCAUCUACAAUACCACUACUACCCACAACACCACUUCCCUGCCUGCUACCACCUACAAUGACACCACCACCCCCAACACCACCUCCCUACCUGCUAUCCUCACCCCACUUGCUACCAUCCACAAUACCGCUACUACCCACAACACCACUUCCCCACCUGCUACCACCUACAAUGAUACCAUCCCCCACAACACCACUUCCCUACCUGCCACCACCUACAAUGUCACCAUCCCCCACAACACCACUUCUCUACCUGUUAUGAUCACCCCAUUUGCUGCCAUCUACAAUACCACUCCUACCCACAACACCACUUCCCCGCCUGCCACCACCCACAAUAUCACCAUCCUACCUGCUACUAUCCACACUAUCAUCUCCCCAACUGCUAUUAUUACCCCAACUAGCAUCACCCACAAUACCACCUCCCUACCUGCUACCUCCCCACCUGGUCCCACCCACAACACCACCUUCAUCACCUCCCCCAAGAAGCCUGUCACUCCCCCCCAGCCCACCCCAAACUCCACCUCCCCAUCUCCCACAAGCCCUGGCAAGACUGCUGUUCCCCCUGCACCGGCCACCACCAUGUCUUCCACAACCAUGAUCACCCCCAAGACAGCCACUAAAAAACCAGCUACCAACAUGACAUGGCCACCAAAGCCACUACCACCAGGAUACAUCAUUCUUGAACCGGUCACCGCGUCAGGAUCCAAACCAGCUUUCCGUUUGCUGUAUGCCUUGUCCGCUGCCAUUGGAAUCUCCGUGUUGAGCAGGUUUCUCUAACACCACCGACACAGGCUCUGCCUUCACCGUGUUCCUCCUUCCUUUAAUUCCUCCCCUGACCCAAACUAGCUGAGCUGGCAGCUGCAGACGUUUCAUAUCCCCCCAAGGGAAGCAGUGACGCCAUGAAAAGCAAACACGCACAGUAUAUCAAGCAGCUGUAGCGCCAUCACUCUGUUUCCCUGGGGCAAUGCAAUCAUCCCUGAGAAAAGGGAAAGCACAUUAGCACUAUGCCAAACAGCACAUUGUGGGUGUUGUCGCUCAGCCGUUUGGAGAGAAGAGCAGUACAAGAGCCUCACACCAGGACCCGGAGCAGCAGCAGAAAAUCCCCAAAGGACCCUUCAGAUCUGCUCACUUUGCCCCAUCCAUGGGUAUGCAAAGUCUUCUCCAGCUGAACUCCCAAGGCCAAGCCCUCCUCAGGAGCAGCACCCAAUGCCUACUCUGCAUCUCCUUGGUCAGCAAGGGUGAAGCCAGCCCAUAGGGUUACCUGGAGGAAAGUCCAGUUGUGGGGAAGGUUGCAGGGGUAAAGGACACAGACGGAAAUACUGAUUCAACAGGGGGCUGUGGUAGGACAGAUGCAUUGCUGUUGUAACUCCACUGGUGUCAACAGAGUGAAGCUAGCGAUGAAUUUGACCCACUUUUCUGUGCACGACACAUUUACUACGCCUGGUUACAAAUAAAACUGAUAGGGCCAAGUCCCUGGCUGGUGUAAAUUGCCACAGUGCCAUUGAAGUCAAGGGAGCUGCAGCACUUUACACCAGCAGUGUUAUUUGAGGUGGGGGGGACGCGGCAGGGAAUCACCAUUUUUCCUGCCAAAAAAUACAAGUCAAAAUAAAGUUAGAUGACUGUGAGUUCUCAUCUCCCAAUACAACGACCUGGACCUCUCCACCAUGCUGCGGUCUUUUCUCUGCUGGGGACCAGUGUCACCAUAUGGCUAAUAGGAACCUAUCCAGGGGCCGGCUUCCGUUCCAAAAUCUUUAGGGUUUCAGGCUGCGAGGCAGGCAUGAGGCUGGAAGACACACAUGUCUACUAGAUAAAUACUAGUCAUAAUACGAUGAUCAAUUGUAUUGUAGUUGGGUUGGGCUGCAUAUUGCUCUGACAAGGGGCUCCAUUCUGCCACCCUUACUUAUAUGGCGUAGUACCUGAGCCCAUAAGUAGUCCCACUGGAAUCACAAUUGAAACUCAUGGAGUAAGUCACUGCCCACUGUAAGAGGAGCAGAAUUGGGUCUAUUAUUCUUGCGCUAUAAACACAAUAGUGUCAUGUACUCAUCUGACAGCUCUGCCAGAAAUCCCAUAGGUGUAUUUAAUUUGCUUUAUUUUGGACUUAUGAGAGAUCUUUGAUCAGGAUUUGUUCAAGCCAUGCCACAGCCACUUGGGUGGGAACAUUUAUUAAAAAGAGUGUGUAUGGAUUAGCAUUUCACUGCUGUAUAGGCAACAU